AUGUACCGUUAUAAUGAGUACAGAGUAACGGACGAUGGUCUACAAGUUUGUAAUUCUUCUGACCCCCUUAUUAAACAAAGAUGGCGGGAUUUGAUUGCUCGGGAAAAGGAAGUGUUGGCUUCCAAAUAUUGUAAUGUAUCCGUGGACGCGUUUUACUACUCCAAUUACACAUUAUACAGAAAUUUUACUGUUUGCUUCAAACCUACUGAGCAGAGUUUCACAAGGCAAGAUUAUGGAGUGACUUUUGGAUAUUUUGCAAUUUGUUCGGCAAAGCUUAGUCUGUCCUGCAAUGAUUAUUUGGUUAAAGUGAAAUACGGCGAUCAGUACAACGUUUUGCAAAACUUUUCGCUGUUUACAAACAACAAUAUGUGCGAUUAUCGCCAGUAUCAAUUUGGAAACGACAGUCUUGUAAUGUGUGCUUCCAAUGAUUCAAGAAUUCGGACCAUUUGGAGAACUCGAAAUUCGUGGGAGAUGUUUAAAGACCGGUAUAAAUGCCGUGGAUCUUUUAAAAGAAUAUCUGCAUGGUACUACACUGUGAAUAAGCAGUUCACUGUCUAUCUCGCACCUAGGAGUCAAUAUUUCACAAGAAAUGACAAUGGGGUGGAAGACGGUAAACUUAUAAUAUGCCAAGAAAAGUUCAAACCCAUAUCGAAAAAGUAUACCCAGGAAGAUCUAUUAAUGUGCAACGAUUCAAUCAUUAAUAUAAAAUACGAUGAUGAAUACAAAGUUCGAACUAACUUUUCAAUAAUCUAUAAGAACAAGGUGUACGAUUAUACUGAGUAUCGAGUUCUGAAUAAUGGCAUAAAGAUUUGUAACUCCACUGAUAAUUACGUAGGAAUUAUUUGGAAAGCAUGCACGCAUUAAAUGGGUAAAGGCGACAAUGCAUCAAAAAAGUUGCAAUAAACCCAUUAGAACCUUUUGGUUUCACCGAAAGUAUUACCCUCUGAAUAAGCAGUUCACUAUCUAUCUCGCACCUGCGAGUCAAUAUUUCACAAGAAAUGACUAUGGGGUGAUAGACAGUAAACCUCAUCUAUGCAAAGAUAAGCUGAGACCCCCAUCAACAGAGUAUACCCAGGAAGAUCUAUUAAUGUGCAAAGAUUCAAUCAUCAAUAUAAAAUACGAUGAUGAAUACAAAGUUCGGACAGACUUUUCAAUACUCCAUAAGAAAAUGGUGUACGAUUAUACUGAGUAUCGAGUUCUGAAUGAUAGCAUAAAGAUUUGUAACUCCACUGAUAACUACGUGCGGAAUAUUUGGAAAGUACGCAAUAAAUGGGUAAAGGCAACAAUGCAUCAAAAAAGUUGCAAUAAAGCCAUUAGAGAGCUUCAGUGGUUCUACCGACCGUAUUACACUGUGAAUAAGCAGUUCACUGUCUAUUUCGUAGCUACGAGUCAAUAUUUCACAAGAAAUGAUUAUGGGGUGGGGGACGGUAAACCUUCUAUAUGCAAAGAAAAAAUCAAACCCACAUCAAUAGAGUAUACCCAGGAAGAUCUAUUAAUGUGCAACGAUUCAAUCAUCAAUAUAAAAUACGAUGAUGAAUACAAACUUCGGACUGACUUUUCAAUACUCUAUAAGAACAAGGUGUACGAUUAUAUUCAGUAUCGAGUUCUGAAUGACGGCAUAAAGAUUUGUAACUCCACUGAUAACUACGUACGGAAUAUUUGGAAAGUACGCAAUAAAUGGGUAAAGGCAAGAAUGCAUAAAAAAAGUUGCAAUAAACCCAUUCGAGAGUUUUGGUUGUACCGAGAGUAUUACAUUGUGGAUAAGCAGUUCACUGUCUAUUCGGGAGGUGAUGGUGAUUAUUUUACAAGAAAUGAGUAUUGGGUGAAAGACGGCAAACUUAAAAUAUGCUACGUAAACAAGAGACCCGAUUCAACAGAGUAUACCCAGAUCUAUUAA